AUGACGUCAAAUAGCGUGGAGAAGCCGGAAAUGCAUUUCGAAAUGAGCUUCAAAGUCAUAUCAAAAUCGAAUCGUCUUCGUCAUGGCGUUCUGAAGCUGCCGCACGGUCUAGUCUCAACGCCCGUCUUUAUGCCUGUAGGAACUCAAGGUACAAUGAAAGGAGUUUUGCCAGAACAAAUGAAGGAUUUGGGUUGUGAAAUCUACUUGAACAAUACUUACCAUCUUGGCCAUAGACCUGGCUACAAAUUGUUGAAAGAAGCCGGUGGAGUUCACAAGUUUCAGAAUUGGAAUGGGAAUCUGUUGACGGAUUCGGGAGGGUUUCAGGUAUGGAAAGUUGGGUCUUUUUUGGGGAAAAAGUCAUUUUGUAUCUAAUAAUUGGUAUUUUAUGGCCAAAUUUUUGUAAAAAAAAUAUUUUGCGAUGAUAAAUUUAUGAAUCCAUUAAAAAAUAUUACAAACUAACAGCUUAACUUGACAGGUAAUCUUACCCUACUUCCAGAUGGUAUCCUUGAGCAAGCUGAUGGAAGUGACGGAGCAUGGAGUACGGUUUGAAAGUCCUCAUACUAAGGAAAUGAUGGAUCUGACUCCAGAACAUUGUAUUGAAAUUCAAGAGGCUAUAGGAGCAGAUAUUAUCAUGCAGCUGGAUCAUGUAAUACCAUCCCUAUCUACUGGGCCUAUUGUUAGGGAAGCCAUGUUGAGAUCAAUACGAUGGUAAGGCGAACAUUACUAUGGGUUCAGGGCUUAUAUAGGCGUAAAUGCAGUAUUCGAAGCAGCAGCUAGCUUAAGCAGGACAGAUUUGUCAAUUUUUGAGCAUGGGGGGUGGGGGGACAAUGCAGACCGUUCAGUACCUAAAAUUUUUUAAAGUUUAGAUUUUGUUUUAGGUUAGAUAGAUGUAUAUCAGCUAAAACUCGUAACGAUCAAAUACUUUUUCCUAUUAUUCAAGGUGGUUUGGACUUGGAAUUGAGAACUGAAUGUACCAAGGAGAUGUUGAAACGUGUUCAAGUUGGUAUUGCUGUUGGAGGUAAGGUUUUGCUAUAAUAAUAUAAAACAACAAAGGUUAUUUCAAGGUUUAACAUAUUUUAUUUUAGCUAUUUUAAGGCCUAGCAGACCUUAUUUUAGCUAUUUAAAGGUCUAAAAGAUCUUAUUUUACCUAUUUCAAUAUCUAACAGACCUUAUUUUAGCCUAAAAUCGGUUUUUUAGGCUUAAGCGGUGGAGAAUCAAAGGAAAGUUUUUGGCGCACAGUGGCGACGUGCUGUGAAUUGAUUCCCGAUGGCAUUCCACGUUAUGUUAUGGGUGUAGGAUGGCCUGUAGACUUGGUAAUUGCAUCACUGCUGGGUGCGGACAUGUUUGACUGUGUUUAUCCUACUAGAACUGCACGGUAUGUUUACUUUUAUGGUUCAUGUAGGCCCAUAUGUGGAUGUUUCAAAGGUUUGAGUUUCGAAAUUUUGUUCUUUUUUAGUUUUGGCACAGCAAUAACCCGGAAGCACGGCGAAUUAAGCCUAACCCAAAGCCAAUACAACAAUGACUACGAUGCAAUAGACAAAACUUGCUCAUGCACGACAUGUAAACGCUUUUCAAGGAGCUACAUUCACAAUAUCGUGGCUCAAGAAUCGGUGUUUUGUCAUUUAAUAUCUAUUCACAAUAUUCACCAUCAUCUGGACUUAAUGAGACGAUUGCGGAAGGCGUGUGACGAUGAUAAAGUCCAGGAGUUUUUGGAUGAAUUCAUCGUGGAGCAGUUUAAAUCGGCUUCAGAAGCUCCCAAUUGGGUCAAGGAGGCUUGUGAAUACGCUGGGUUUCCUAUUGUUUAA